AUGUCAUUAUUUCAGGGCGAGAACAUUUCGUUAGCUCAAGUAGCUAUCUCAAGUGCUGGUCCUCAGGACUCUAUGGAUGAUAUUCAGAACAGGAGCUCAGGACUUAUUGGAGAAAAUGGGAACAAGAUUUCGAGCAAUUCUGUACGAACAGGAAAUGAAGCUGUAGCACUGGCUGAGACCAUGCGAACGUUAGAAGGAAAUGUCGAGAAAUUCCACAUGUAUGCGUAA